UUUUUACACAAAUUCUGGACUUAUCUUCAGGAAUAAGAAAUGUAUGUUGUCCCGGUGUUGUACAGUGGCACAGCGGUUUCUUAUAACGGAAAAACAAAGACCGCGAGCCGCAAAAGUUUUCGCGAAUUUAAAGUCUCUUUACAACAGAUGGCCCAGAGCCUAGUCCCAUAGACUGACAGAGCAGCACAGAGAUGGAUGGUGCUUGGGACAUUGCAUGUGUGCUCUUCCACGUGUGGCUGUUUAUUGUGGUGGGGCUCAUCGUGUUACCUGCCAUGUUUGGUGUGUCCCUGGGGUUCACGGAUCUUUAUAUCAAGGUGCUGGUUAAAACAUUGGAGUGGGCCACACUCCGAAUCCAAAGAGGGCAGAAGGAACAGACCACGUUGCCUUCACAGUCUGCCAAUGGGAUCAUCGAGAAGGACGACGGCUCUAUGGAGGAGGAGAUCGGGGAACUGCGGCGGUCCCAUCCCAAAUCUGUGGCAGGCGAUUUUACCCUGUGUGACGUCUUCUACUUCUGUAAGAAAGGCAUUGAGAACAUCGUGGAGGAUCAGGUGACUCAGCGCUUCACGUCAGAGGAACUGGCUUCCUGGAAUCUCCUCACCAGAACCAACAACAACUUCCGUUACAUCAGCGUGCGGGUGACCAUCAUAUGGGGCCUGGGAGUUUUUAUACGCUACUGUAUACUGCUGCCUCUCAGGAUCACUUUGGCUGCUAUUGGAUUGAGUUGGUUGGUGAUAGGAACUACUCUUGUUGGAUCGCUCCCUAACAGCAAUGUGAAGAACUACCUCAGUGAUCUGGUUCAUAUUACCUGCUACAGAAUAUGUGCCAGAGGCCUGUCAGCCACUAUCCGCUAUCACAACAAAGAGAAUCGCCCCAAAAAAGGAGGUAUCUGUGUUGCCAACCACACCUCCCCCAUUGACAUAGUCAUUUUGGCAAACGAUGGAUGUUAUGCUAUGGUGGGUCAGGUUCACGGAGGGCUGCUGGGGGUCAUCCAGAGAUCAAUCGUGAGAUCUUGUCCCCACGUGUGGUUUGAGAGAUCAGAAAUGAAAGAUCGCCACGCGGUUGCCAAAAGGUUAAAAGAUCACAUCGCAGAUAAAACCAAAUUGCCAAUCCUGAUCUUCCCAGAGGGAACUUGCAUUAAUAAUACAUCGGUCAUGAUGUUUAAGAAGGGAAGCUUUGAAAUUGGUGGAACAAUAUACCCAGUAGCGAUUAAGUAUGACCCUCAGUUUGGAGAUGCCUUCUGGAACAGUGCCAAGUACAACAUGGUGAGCUACCUCCUCCGAAUGAUGACAAGCUGGGCCAUCGUGUGCAACGUCUGGUAUCUCCCACCUAUGACUCGACAGGAUGGGGAGGAUGCUGUUCAUUUUGCAAACAGGGUAAAAUCUGCCAUAGCAAAUCAAGGAGGACUGGUGGAUCUGUCCUGGGAUGGAGGUUUGAAGAGAGCAAAAGUAAAAGACUCAUAUAAGGAGGAGCAGCAGAAGAUAUACAGCAGUAUUAUCGUGGGCUCAGACUGUCACGAGACCUCUAGCGACCGAAAGAAAUGGAUUACCAGGAAUGUACACGGUCCAGAUGAAAAGGAUCUCAUCUUUCCCCGCAACUUUUCCAAUUUAUCAGGACUUGUUAUAUGAAGACAAAAGCUACGGUCAGACGGCGGAGCAGGGAAGCGGCUCGAGCGGAUUGUACACGGAGCCGUGUAAGAAACGGCAACAAAGCAACAUAUCCGGCUGUGGCACGUUUUCAUGCUUUAUGAGCCACAGUUAUUAUCACACCUCCGUGAAACACACUGUGCAAGUUCAUCAAAUGAAUAAUGAAAUAAUGGUUGUGGUCCAUUAAUAGAAAAUGAUCUUGCCUCAUGAUUAAUUGCAUUAAACUUAUGAAAGUGUGUUUUUUUGUACAAAUCAAGAGGAGGAAAUGAUGGAUGAUGAAGACGCAUGAUGAAUGAAGAAAGGCUGUGAACUAAAUUGAAAGUGUACUCAUCCGUUUUCUCCUCAAAACUAAUGAUGAAUUGACCGUGUCAGAUUGAACAAUACACACUGAGCUUUAAACAUAAUCCCCAUUUGAAAGCAAGCAGGGCCACAGCAGGUACUUCUGCCUUAGGCACAUUUCCAAUCAAAGUUAUACUAAAGAGCAUGCAAAGUGAGAUGUUUUUCAAUUUUCGGUUUAUUGAU